UGUAGGGUGACUUCUGGAGCCAUCCUCGUUUCCCCGCCCCUCAAAAGAAGCGGAGAUUUAACGGGGACGUGUGGUCAGAGCUGGGGAAAUGGGCCCGCGAGCCAGGCCGGCGCUUCUCCUCCUGAUGCUUUUACAGACCGCGGUCCUGCAGGGGCGCUUGCUGCGUUCACACUCUCUGCACUACCUCUUCAUGGGUGCCUCAGAGCAGGACCUUGGUCUUUCCUUGUUUGAAGCUUUGGGCUACGUGGAUGACCAGCUGUUCGUGUUCUAUGAUCAUGAGAGUCGCCGUGUAGAGCCCCGAACUCCAUGGGUUUCCAGUAGAACUUCAAGCCAGAUGUGGCUGCAGCUGAGUCAGAGUCUGAAAGGGUGGGAUCACAUGUUCACUGUUGACUUCUGGACUAUUAUGGAAAAUCACAACCACAGCAAGGAGUCCCACACCCUGCAGGUCAUCCUGGGCUGUGAAAUGCAAGAGGACAACAGUACCGAGGGCCACUGGAAGUACGGGUACGAUGGGCAGAACCACCUUGAAUUCUGCCCUGACACGCUGGACUGGAGAGCAGCAGAACCUGGGGCCUGGCCCACCAAGCUGGAGUGGGAAAGGCACAAGAUUCGGGCCAGGCAGAACAGGGCCUACCUCGAGAGGGACUGCCCUGCACAGCUGCAGCAGUUGCUGGAGCUGGGGAGAGGUGUUUUGGACCAACAAGUACCUCCUUUGGUGAAGGUGACACAUCAUGUGACCUCUUCAGUGACCACUCUACGGUGUCGGGCCCUGAACUACUACCCCCAGAACAUCACCAUGAAGUGGCUGAAGGAUAGGCAGCCAAUGGAUGCCAAGGAGUUCGAACCUAAAGACGUAUUGCCCAAUGGGGAUGGGACCUACCAGGGCUGGAUAACCUUGGCUGUACCCCCUGGGGAAGAGCAGAGAUAUACGUGCCAGGUGGAGCACCCAGGCCUGGAUCAGCCCCUCCUUGCGAUCUGGGAGCCCUCACCGUCUGGCACCCUAGUCAUUGGAGUCAUCAGUGGAAUUGCUGUUUUUGUCGUCAUCUUGUUCAUUGGAAUUUUGUCCAUAAUAUUAAGGAAGAGGCAGGUUUCAAGAGGAGCCAUGGGGCACUACGUCUUAGCUGAACGUGAGUGACACGCAGCCUGCAGACUCAUUGUGGGAAGGAGACAAAACUAGAGACUCAAAGAGGGAGUGCAUUUAUGAGCUCUUCAUGUUUCAGGACAGAGUUGAACCUAAACAUAGAAAUUGCCUGAAGAACUCCUUGCUCUUAGCCUUCUCUGUUCAUUUCCUCAAAAAGAUUUCACUAUUUAGGUUUCUGAGUUCCUGCAUGCCAGUGAUCCCUAGCUGUGACCUCUCCCCUGGAACUGCCUCUCAUGAACCUCAAGCUGCAUCUAGAGGCUUCCUUCAUUUCCUCCAUCACCUCAGACACAUACACCUAUGUCAUCUCAUUUCCUAUUUUUGGAAGAGGACUCCUUAAAUUUGGGGGACUUACAUGAUUCAUUUUAACAUCUGAGAAAAGCUUUGAACCCUGGGACAUGGCUAGUCAUAACCUUACCAGAAUUUUACACAUGUAUCUAUGCAUUUUCUGGACUCCUUCGACUUUUCCUUUGAAUCCUCUCUCUGUGUUACCCAGUAACUCAUCUGUCAUCAAGCCAUGGGGAUUCUUCCAUCUGAUUGUGGUGUGAGUUGCACAGCUAUGAAGGCUGUACACUGCACGAAUGGAAGAGGCACCUGUCCCAGAAAAAGCAUCAUGGCUAUCUGUGGGUAGUAUGAUGGGUGUUUUUAGCAGGUAGGAGGCAAAUAUCUUGAAAGGGGUUGCGAAGAGGUGUCUUUUUCUAAUUGGCAUGAAGGUGUCAUACAUAUUUGCAAAGUUUAAUGGUGACUUCAUUUGGGAUGCUACUCUAGUAUUCCAGACCUGAAGAAUCACAAUAAUUUUCUACCUGGUCUCUCCUUGUUCUGAUAAUGAAAAUUAUGAUAAGGAUGAUGAUAAUGAUGAUAAAAGCACUUACUUCAUGUCCAACUCUUCUGAGCACCUACUUACAUGCAUUACUGCAUGCAAUUCUUACAAUAAUUCUAUGAGAUAGGUACUAUUAUCCCCAUUUCUUUUUUAGAUGAAGAAAGUGAAGUAGGCCAGGCAUGGUGGCUCACGCCUGUAAUCCCAGCACUUUGGGAGGCCAAAGCGGGUGGAUCAUGAGGUCAGGAGAUCAAGACCAUCCUGGCUAACAUGGUGAAACCCCGUCUCUAAUAAAAAUACAAAAAAUCAGCUGGGCAUGGUGGCAGGCGCCUGUAAUCCCAGCUACUCGGGAGGUUGAGGCAGGAGAAUGGCAUGAACCCAGGAGGCAGAGCUUGCAGUGAGCCGAGUUCGCGCCACUGCACUCCAGCCUAAGUGACAGAGUGAGACUCCAUCUCAAAAAAAUAAAAAUAAAAAUAAAAAAAAUGAAAAAAUAAAGAAA